AUGAAGUUAGUGCCGAUGGGUUUCACUACUGCUUAUGAGGUUCACGAACGACGCAGCGAGCUGAUACAAAUCCGUACUGGUUCAUCGGCACUGGAUAGGCUUAUUGGUGGAGGAGUAGAGACGGGCCAUAUCACUGAGAUUUUUGGAGAGUAUCGCACAGGAAAAAGUCAGCUUUGUCAUAGUUUGGCAGUCAUCUGUCAAUUGCCGAUAUCGAUGGGAGGUGCAGAAGGAAAAUGCAUGUGGAUUGAUACCGAGGGAACAUUCCGACCUGAACGAUUGGUACCAAUUGCUGAGAGAUUCAAUAUGGAUAGCAAGCAUGUGCUGGAAAAUAUAGCCGUAGCUAGAUGCUACAACUCAGAUCACCAGAUUGCGUUAUUGACAACUGCAGGUGGGGCCAUCUGA